AAUACUUUGAUGGGUUAGAUUACUCAUUUGUUACUUCAAAUGGCAUAAUUUUCACUGUUGCCUGCAGCAUAUAAUUAUGUAAUAGUUGUAAUAAUAUUUUGGUUGCUCGUUUUCUGUUUUCGAAACAAUAUUUUUCAGGACUCCUACAUGGUUUAAAAGGAUAUUGUCACCAUUGAAGAAGAGUGACAAUGAUCCAGUGUUUAGGUUUUUUAUGGAUCUGAAUGAUUCAGUAUCCUAUGUUAAGCGGCUAAAUGUCCCAAGUGGUAUGGUGGGGGCUUGUCGCCUUGAUGUAGCGUAUGAACAUUUCAAGGAAAAGCCUCACAUGUUCCAGUUUGUUCCAAACGAGAAGCAGGUCAAAGCUGCUAAUAAGCUCUUAAAGUCAAUCCCACAAAGGGGCAGAAGGAAAAAACUUGCUGGUGUUCCUGUUUUUAGUGCUCAAAAUUUGAAUAUUGCAGUGGCAACAAAUGAUGGAAUUAGAUGGUAUUCACCAUACUUUUUUGAUAAAAACUUGUUGGACAAUAUUCUCGAAGCUUCAAUGGAUCAGCAUUUUCAUUCAAUGAUUCAAAACCGCCAUAUACAACGUAGAAGAGAUAUUGUUGAUGAUAGUUUAACAUCAGAAAUACUUGAAGAAAGUGCGGACAGCUUGCUUGAGCCCCCAGAGAUGCAAGAAUUGAUGAAUGAGAUUGGUCCAGCUGGAAUACCAUUAAGUGUUGUAACAAAAGCAGCUGAGAUCCAGUGUCUUGAUGUUGUUGAUAGAUUACUUUUAGGAAAUAAGUGGCUCAGAAGAGCUACUGGCAUACAACCACAUUUUCCUUAUGUUGUUGAUUCAUUUGAAGAAAGGACAGCAGUUUCAGUUGACAGGAUUGCUACCUCCAGUAAUACUUCAACUGCCUCUAAGGAUGCUGACUGCUGCCCAACUGAUCAGCAGUCUCAAACUUUGGAGUCAAACAUUGAUAGCGGCAACCACAGAACACACAAUAGCCGAGAUCAUGGCCGGUCUCACUUCCCAUUUAGCAAUCUACUUUCUAAUAUAUGGCCAGGGCACGAUAGAAUGUUCAAACGGCAAGAAAAUGACUCCAGAUCCAGAAGAUAUGAUUCAAGCAUGAACAAUGAUUUGCAAGCAAACCCUCUUCUACCCAAAAUCACCAUGGUUGGCAUCUCAAUGAGCGAAGGGGGACAAAUGAGCAAAGCCAACCUAAAGAAAACAAUGGAUGACUUGACAAAAGAGUUGGAGCAAGCAGGCGAAAAAACGGUCUUCGGCGAUGAGAAAGAUCCGCUGUUUGUUGCCAAUGUUGGUGAUUACUCCAGGAUUACAAAGUUUAGCUCGACAUGAAAUUCAUUUUUGGUACACGAGAUUCAUUCUCACAAAGCACAAGUAUGAGCACCGUCCCAUGCUUCUCAUGAAGAGCUUCUGAUUGAGCUACUCAUCCAGUCGAUCCUGGCGCAUACUUGAUGUCUUCACAAAAUUAGCUGAACGUGUCAAUAUUUAACUUCAGAGUGUCAUAUGGCGCUGCAAACGGCACGAGGUCUCGUAUGUAUGUUUGUAAAAAAUUUAGGUGAUGCAAGCAUUUGAUUGCCCAUGGUUUUGACAGUACAUGAGGAUUGAGGACGCACACCGGCAUGCGGUGGUUCUGCAAGAUGUUCCUGUUUCCUUUCUCAGAAUUUGACAGAAACGGUCUGCCAAAGGAUGCUUGUCGAUGCACAUGUAUAUGUAUAUUGAGCGCUUACUGCCAUUGUAUGCACAACAAACUACUGUAAGGAAUCCCCGCAAAAAAAAAAAAAACUACUGUAAGGAAGUUUGUUGGUCUGAGUUGGUCAUGAAUUAUACGGUGUAUUUGUAUUUUAUUCCAAACUAAAACAACGUCACUUAUUUCCUGA